GCGAAGGAUUAAUCAGUAGGAGGCUUAUAGCGAGGCUUUUUUGACACAAAAACUAAACUAUUAAAGCUCUCUUUUUUUUUUAUACUUCCGCCCGAUCCCAGAACUUUGGUCGUCCGGCGAUCGGAUAUUUAAGCGAAUUUAGUCAAAUGGGUUUAGGAUUUAUAAUUGGUGCAUUUGGAACCUUGAUUCUUGCUCAUGCUGCUUACUCAACUAUUCAAUAUAGAGGUUUGUUGAAGAUCAUGGAGGAGGAAUUUGCAGGACCUCCAAUGAAUGUGGUGAUUGAGUUGCUUCUAGGAUUAGUGUUAUGUAUGUGGGCCGCUUUAACUGCGCCAGGAAAGUUCCUAUCCAUACACCCUCAUUCUGAAGAGAAUAGAAUAGUCUCUUUACCAGACAAUAUGGACUUCAUGAUCUUCAACCAUCGUGGCAAAGUUCUGCCUUCAGAAGUAGAGAUGAAACUGAAACAUUGAAGUCUUCUCAGUCAAUUUGGAAGGAUCAUCUUUCUGGACUUAAUUGGGAAAAGCAAUUAUUUUUCUGUCAAUUCGAACUUGGAAAGAGCAAAUUUGGUGGAUUUGGCAACCCAGUUACGCCAUGUCUAAUUACUUAGGAUUACACUGUCCUUUCAGUUUUCUGCGGCUUGUUACAUACUCUGUCUCCAUGCACCACCAUGGUCAUGUAGUUUGAACUCUUGUAGGUGCUUUUACAUGUCAUUUGAUGUUAUCAGAUUUUUGUGGAUCUAGGCGUUGCCCAACACUUCUAUAGAUGCUUUUAGUUUAAACUUGUUCCAAUCUUGAUGCUAUGUAUUUUAAGCCAAUUGUCGUUGGAUCUCUUA